AUAAAUGUAAUCAGUCAUAGUUCCACAUUACGUAUCUUUCAAAGUUAAAGGCCAAUAUGUUCAAGUGAAAUUUAUGGAGAUGAUCCUGAUAUUGGUGAUUGGUAGCUUGGUCCACAUAUUUCUCUUAAGAGCAGUUAUGGACACGUAUUACAGAAGUAUCAUAGAACUAGACCUACCUCUCACGAAUUCGACCAACAAUCCUGCAGCCAAAAGAGUUGUUCUGAUAGUCGUUGAUGGUCUGAGGGCUAGGUCCGUUUACAAGAACAACGGAAGCCUGACCCCCUUCCUCACGUCCAUAAGGAUGAAACUUGGAUCCUGGGGAGUCUCCAGAGGAGCACCUCCUACAGAAUCAAGGAACGGCCACACGGCCAUCGUAGCAGGAUUGCGCGAAGACCCAAAGGCUAUUUUCAACAGUUGGUACUAUUUUCCAGUGAGGUACGAUAGCGUCUUCGAGCGCAGCCGGCGGUCCUGGGUUAUCGCAGCCUCCACAACGUUGGGGAAGGUUUUCGGGAGGUAUGCAACGGAAAAUGUCGACAUAUUCGUCCCACCCGGACCUUACUUCACUGGAAAAAUGGGAAUGGACCAAUGGAGCGUUGAAAAGCUGAAAUCGACGUUGAACAUCUCCAGUGAAGAUCAGAAUGGACCCAGAAGCAUUUUCGCCGUUCUCCUUCCAGACAUGGACGCCAUUGGUCAUUUCCAUCCGGGAAACUACUCCGCUGGCGUCCGGAGCGUCGACGGAAGAGUCCGAGAAAUCGUGAGGGUGGUCGAGCAGACUUUUCCGGAUAACUUGACGGCUUUUCUGUUCACUUCCGAUCACGGUAUGUUCCGAUCCGCUCAUUGUUUUGCAACAGAAGAUGAAAUAUCCUCGCCACUCGUGGUCUGGGGAUGUGGAAUAAGAAAGCACCCAGUUCGCCAAGAUGUCGAGAACAUCGACCUCGCUCCUUUAAUUUCUGCCCUUUUGGGAAUACAGUUUCCAACGAACUCCAUGGGAAAAUUGCCACUUGAUUAUCUGGACGUCCCUGACAGCGAAAAACUACAGAUUUUCUGUCGAAAUUUGAUCCAAAUACUGAACAUCUUCAAAGCUAAACAAGAACGACUUUCAAAAGAUAUGUUACUGAGGAGGAACUUUUUGGAUGUUGACAAAGUGGAGACCGUUCUCUCGAAAUUUCUGGCAGGAAGUUAUGAAAAUGUGGAAAGUGCUUUGAGUAGCUGUCAAAUUAUAUACCAAGAAUUGAAGAUAGCCAUACGAAAAGUUCAUUGUUCUUUCACUAGUGACAUUAUCAUGCUUGCGUCUGCUCAUAUUCUUUUCUGGCUAUUAUUCCUCUUGUUAUCCUUGCUUUCUGACGACAAAGAUAACUCAAAAGAUUUCAGUUUGGUCUUUAGCUUUUUCAUCGUUACUUUUCACGUUUCUCUUUUGAUUCUAUACAGCUAUCUCGAUCUGUUGACUACUUUUUGUUUACUUCCCUUCGGCACCCUAAGUCUGUUUCUGUAUAAAUUGAAUAAAACUAGAGAUUCGUUCAAAUUAGCUUAUACCCUUCCUCCUCUUCGAGAAUUGAUAGUUUUCGUUUUAUUCGUUCUCUCUAUCAUGCUGGGAAUUCAUUUUCAUUUUCUCUUCGUUUUAACAGCCCUCCUGAUGGCUCCCAUUAUGAACUUCCAAGACACGAAAGAAAAAAAACUAAGAAAUAUUUGGAUAGUUCUUUGUCUCAUCCUGUCAAAUUUUCCCUUAAUCACACCUGAUAUCGAAUGGAAUAUGGACGGAACAAAUUACUACAUCAUAGGAUCAUUGAUUUGGCAUUUCCUAAUAUGUAGUGUCUUUCGAAACUUCCUGAAUUUCCGCAAAACCAUACGUCUUACGAAAUUGCAGAUCGUUGUCAGCUUUCUGCAACUGUUGUUCUCGAUAAUAGUAAGUUUUCACAGUUUUCUGGAGCUCGACGACCAUGGUUGGAAUAUGGUUCUUUACGCCUCUUUGAUUCCAAUUCUUCUCGUGCCAUUUUCUAUGAGGUUAGUAGAGGUUAGGUUGGUGACUAUCUUCCUGGCACUAGCAACCGUUUACAUGGUGGCCGCUAAGUCGUUUGGCCUUAUAUUUCUUACUUUCUUCGUGAUGCUUUUAUUGACAUGGAAAAUACUAGUAACUGAAAAAAUCGAGUCGCAGUGUUUCGUCAAUUUCAGAAAUAUCUGGGUGAUGAUUGGUGUUACCGUUUUAGGUUUUUACGGUAUAUUACAAAAUGAUGAAGUAAGGAUUCCUACAUCUGAACCUACAUUGUAUGGUGUCAUCGUUUUGGUUAGACUUUUAAUGCCAGUGAUGUGUUCUUGUUGUAUUUUCCGGUGUAUAGUGGCUAAGAAGGGCGUCGAUUUAAAUUUUUCUUUCAUUGUUAUAGAACUUAUAUUCGGCACUUUAGCUUUACACUUAUCACAUUUUUUGAAGAACGAGGGAACUUGGUGGGAUAUGGGGACCAGUUUUCAAGUGUUCAUUACAAUCAAUGCGAUCCCACUAAUCAUCGAAUUAUCCUAUUUUAUCGCAUCUUUUCUGAUGAAUGUUGGAUCUUCGGAAGUUUGGACAAAAUUGCGCCUUUUACUGAACUAAAUCAAUUGAAUCAAUUGACUUUUUUUUAUACUCAAUAUGUACUAUCAGUUUUAUUAUAGUUUUUUGAUUA